AUGAAGUUGGUCCGUUUCCUGAUGAAACUGUCUCAUGAGACUGUUACGAUCGAACUGAAAAAUGGUACUUUGGUAGUUGGAUCUAUUCUUGGCGUGGAUGUUGCAAUGAACACUCACUUAAGAUCUGUUAAAAUGUCUUUAAAAGGAAAAGACCCUGUUCAACUUGAUGCCCUUUCUAUUAGAGAUACAUCAUCCUUCCUGAUGCUUUACCACUUGAUACAUUACUUGUCGACGACGAGCCACGAAAGAAAGCUAGAGCUGCUAAAGCUGGUCGUGGUAGAGGAGCUCGAGGAGGACCAAGAGGAAGAGCUCGCGGACGUGGACGUGGAGCUCCUCGAGGAAGAGGCCGCUAAAUUAUUUGGUUUUGUUAGCAUCACGAGUCUUGAUCAAUUGUUGAUGUUCGCAGGUUCUCUUUUGUUAUAUCUGUCCCGAUUUAUUUAUAACGGCUGUUGUUUCGAUCUCGUGACUCGAUAA